AUGGCUUCCGCUGGCGGAAACUCGGGCUGGACACAGCUGCGGCAGCAAGUGCGCACGCUGGAGAGCCAAUUUUCGGCAACCUCGUCGAUACCACUAAAGCCCUCGGACGAAGAGAAACAGACGGAGAAGAAGCUCGAAGAGAUUCUGAGCAAGCGAGAAAAUCUUAUCCGCCAACUCACCCGCAUUCUCGACUCCGAUCCGAACCUCACAGCCUCGGCCGUCAAGCAAAACAACCUGGUGCUGCUGCGCGAAAAGUACGAAGAGCACCGCCGGGACCUGAGUCGCCUCAAGGUCCAGCUCAACCAUGCACGCGACCGCGUUAACCUAAUGGCGCAUGUCCGCAACGACAUCAACUCGCACCGCGCAGGUGCUGACGGGGCCGAGGGUGGUGGGCUGACGGGUGAGGCCGCCGAGGCUGAGUACAUGCUGGGCGAGCGCAGCCGUAUCGACAACAGCCACAAUAUGGUGGACAGCGUUCUGAGCCAGGCGUACGCCGUCAACGAGAACUUUGGUCUCCAGCGUGAGACGCUGACCAACAUCAACCGACGGAUCACGCUGGCGGCGAGCCAGGUGCCGGGCAUCAACACCCUUAUUGGGCGUAUCUCGUCCAAGAAGCGGCGGGACGGCAUUAUCAUGGGUUCAUUUAUUGCGCUGUGCUUUAUUGUUUUCUUCUGGUUCAUGUAA